GGCGAGGCUCCCGCGCCCAACCGUCCUCGCCGGAGUUGCCGCCGAGACGCUGCUCCCGAGCCCCGGCCGCCAAAAAAGUUCGUUUAAAAAAAUCCUAGUCAUUCUUAAAAGGGAGAAGGAGGGCGCGAGCCCGCCAGGCGGCCCCGCCGAGGGAGCUGGCGCGGUGGGCGGCGGCGGCGGCGGCGGCGGCGGUUGCGCCGCGACCAGGAGGAGCCGGCGGCGCCCGGCGGGUCCGCGGCCGGCGGGGGACGAUUUGAGAAGAUCUGAUCACCUGGAAUUAAAGUUGGUUCAGAAACCUUUUCAACUGCAAAAAUGUUGGAGGAAGAUAUGGAAGUGGCCAUCAAGAUGGUGGUUGUAGGGAAUGGAGCAGUUGGAAAAUCAAGUAUGAUACAGCGAUAUUGCAAAGGCAUUUUUACAAAAGACUACAAGAAAACCAUUGGAGUUGAUUUUUUGGAGCGACAAAUCCAAGUUAAUGAUGAAGAUGUCAGACUAAUGUUGUGGGAUACAGCAGGUCAAGAGGAAUUUGAUGCAAUAACAAAGGCCUACUAUCGAGGAGCCCAGGCUUGUGUGCUUGUAUUUUCUACCACAGACAGAGAAUCUUUUGAAGCAAUUUCCAGUUGGAGAGAGAAAGUAGUAGCUGAAGUUGGAGAUAUACCAACUGUACUUGUCCAAAACAAGAUUGAUCUCUUAGAUGAUUCUUGUAUAAAGAAUGAGGAAGCCGAGGCACUGGCAAAAAAGUUAAAGCUCAGAUUCUACAGAACAUCAGUGAAAGAAGAUCUAAAUGUGACUGAAGUUUUUAAAUAUUUGGCUGAAAAAUACCUUCAAAAACUCAAACAGCAAAUAGCUGAGGAUCCAGAAUUAAUGCAUUCAAGUAGUAACAAAAUUGGUGUCUUUAAUACAUCAACUGGAAGUCACUUGGGUCAAAAUUCAAGUACCCUUAAUGGUGGAGAUGUCAUCAAUCUUCGACCCAACAAACAGAGAACCAAGAAAAAUAGAAAUCCUUUUAGCAGCUGUAGCAUACCCUAAAACAUUUUAGGGAGGAAAAAAAAUUGAGUUAUGUUGUGCAAUUCAGUAAGAAAUGCAUCCAACUGUCAUGGUAUGUUACAAGUUUUUUUUUUUUUUUUUAAGCAGACUUUGCACCUAAUGGCUCUGUGAAAGUUGACAGACUUAAAUAUUGUUCUGCAGUGCUUUUCAGGUGGAGUGAGAUCUUUGGUGGAAAGAUUACUGCCUUGUGGACUUGUUUUAAUUUUGUUUUUUUUACAUCAGACGAAGCUUCUCCUGUUUUUGAAGGAAUGCUGUAAAAAAUGUCAAAAACAGGUUUUGCUGAAUUUUAAGUGCUGGAAAACAUAAAUGGAAUGCCCCAAAUAUAUCGGUACAGAUUUUAAUAUUAUUGACCAAGGAGAGAUAGCAAGCAUUGUAUUUCUGAAAUUGGUCAUAUAGCUUUUUUGGAAAGUAGUAUUGAAUCCAAAUACUUACAAAAAAACAAUAGUGUAAGGUAAACCCUAAAUCUUGCCAGACUGCAUUAGUGUAUAUUUGUCAAUGUUACUUGUGCAAUAUCUGUAUAAUGUAGAAUAUGGAGUUAUGUAUGCAGAUAUCUGGUACUGAAGUAUACUGAAGGUAUAUUCAGUACUAAGGAAAGAGAAUCUAAUUCAUUCAUUCUUAAAAUCAUUUACACAUUGUGUGUAUGUUAAAAGUUUUUAUUUUCAAAUAAAAAAUUCCAGACAUAUAUUUUGCAAAACAAGCUCAGAUUUUAAAAGUGCUUUGUGCCAAAAAUAUCAUACCUAAUUUUUACAGUGCUUUACUAUCAGAAUUUAUAUUGUUUAUAUCUUUUAAAAGCAGUUUUCCUCUCUGACAGGGUAGAUAAAAGAGUAGAAAUGUUUAAUGCUAGAGUAUUUCCCAGGUGAGACUUGCUGCAAAAUCUUUCUCACAUGUCCAUCUAUAAGCAUGAGGAGCUCGUGCUGGCCAAGCCCUUAUGAUGUCUGGCACCCCUGCAGUUAUCCCGUGGGUCCUGUGAAAUGCAGUGGUGCAUCUAGCGCCUUUUUCUGCUGAAAAUGCAAUUUUGAACUUUUAAGGUUAUGCUAUCAAUUUUUUAAAUGCAGAAAAGAUGAUCUUUUGUCUUCAUCUGCAUGAUAGAUUUUAUAAGGCCCUGCAACUCUAAAGCAUCUUUUCGUUUACACAUUUUUGUAUGGUAUUUUAAGAUGAUCACUUAAAAAUUUCUAGAAACUUCGGUUUGUAUAGCACUUUCUCAAGGGCUCUGUCAGCACCACAUGCAGAAUAAUUUCUUUUAAGAACUGAUUUUCACAGUAAUCACGUGGCAGAGCAUAAAUAUGGUAACUUGGGACAGUAGUUUUCCAACUAAGAUAAUUGCAUGAACUCUGUUAAAAAACGAUUAUUGUUCAUCAAUGACUUUGUUUUUAACCCCUCCCUAUAUACCUGGUUUUCGCAGGAUUUCAAGACAUGUAACUUUUCCUGGAAAAUGUGUCAUAAAUUCAUUUUUCAUUAUUUGAACAAAUGCAUAAUGUUGUAUGUAUUUCUUCUGUAUGUUCUGUCUCUUUCUAAGUCUUACAUCUGCACCAUCCUCUUCCCUUUGUCCAGAUUAACAUUGAAAAGAAUAGAAUUUUCUGGGGUAUGUCCUUUUUAAGGGGUCAAGAGUGAAUGUUUGCUUUUCAUAGUAUGGAAAUAAUCUGGUAUUAUCUAUUUUAAAGUAAUAUAAAAUAUUAAUUUUUAUGUCACCAAGUUGACUUCACUCCCAUUGCUGGCAGUGGGAUAGGUGUUGGGGGAAAAAAUUCCAUUCCUAACAAUGGGUAUCUGUUAAUGAUUCCUUUUUCCUUUUCUACUCUCUUAGAAUACAGUCUCUUUAAUUUUUGCACAAAACAUAUUUUACAGCAAAUAGUUUUGUGGUCUUUAGUAGCCAAAAAAAAAAAAAAAUCAUGUUAUGUAAUAUGUUGUAGUUCUAUUUCAUAUUAAUUAAAUAUGUGGGGGAAGAGAUUGCUACUUUUCUAUAUAAAAAAGAUAAUCUCUCAUGGUGGUUGAAGUUUCCUGAUAGUUGUAAUAUAAUUUUAUGUGUUUAGUUUUGUCCUUUUUUCUUAUAAGAACUGAGAGAGAGCUUUGUUACACAUUUGAAUUUUUAUUUGCACUUGUGUAUUUUCCACUUAUGAUUAUUCAUUUUAAAUCACUAAGAAGGUCUGAAAAUCAGUUAAAUACUUUCUCAAUUUAAUUCUAAAACCUAAGUCUAACCCCACCCCCAGCAGCUGGUUCAGCAGUUUAGCGACACCUUCACUACCUGUGUCUCUGCCUCUCUCUCUCUCUCUGUGUCUCUCAUGAAUAAAUAAAUAAAAUCUUAAUCCCCCCCACAAGUACCUUAAUUCUUCUAAAUCACUUUACUGUUAAUUUGUAAUGAACUACGGACACUAAAGAAAACACUGGCUAAGACUCCAGGAUGUUGUUUGUGCAUUUGUACUCUCAUGUACUUUUUUACCUGGUGGCUGGUUUCUAGUAUACAGACAGAGAGCUGUGGAAUGACUGCCAUAUUGCAGAGCCCCCAGUUCUCCUUUCCUCUCUGUCAGCCUUACAAAUUAGAUAGCUUAUCGAAUAGCCCUUAUAUAAGGCAAUAUACAGUUGAACCUUGGACAAUGCCAGUUUGAACUGUGUGGGUCCACUUCCAUGCGGAUUUUUUACAGGACUAUAAAUGUAUUUUUUCUUCCUUAUGGUUGUCUUAAUAACAUUUUCUUUUCUCCUGGCUUACUUUAUAAGAAUACAGUAUGGAAUACACACAACAUACAGAAUAUUUGUUAAUAGACAGCUUAUGUUAUCAGUAGGGCUUAGUAGUUAAGUGUUAGGGGAGUCAAAAGUUAUACUUGGAUUUUUCACAGUGUGGGGGUUGGUGCUGCUUAUCCCGGUGUUGUUCAAGGAUCAACUGUAUUUCUGUUGUUAUUAGUGCCAUAAGAUGAAAUCCGUUGCCAUUAAUUAGUACUUACUAUCAGGUGGGAACUAUACAAAGUACCUUGCAAACAGUAAUUUAAUCUUUACAGCAAUUCUAUGGAGUAUUAUUAUUCCUUCCCUUUUUUCAAAGGAGGAGGAGAAUGAAGAUCUAACUUUGUCAGAGUCACAUAUUCGAUAGCAACAAAGCCAUUUUCUAUCCUAUUUUGUAACUAUUAUGUUUAUAUUACCCAGACAUAAAAAGAUGUGCUAUCUUCCAUUAUACUUUAUAGUCUAAUAUAUAUGAAUGGAUUUGAUACUGCUUUAUAUAUGCAGUUAUAUUUUAUGGAGGAAUUACUACUGCUAGGAACAUUUUCAGCGUUUAACUGUCCUAACAUAAUAUUGAUUUCUUAUUUGAUGCAUUUGUCUUAAAAAGAGAAUUAAAAUAAUAAAGUAACUAUUUUUCAAUCAAAA